GCAAAGUAAUAGUUCUGUCAUUCGAUCAAAUUCCCCAACAACAACAUCUCAGAUCAUGGCCAGAAAGAAAAGAAGAGGGAUUAUAGAGAAAAGGCGCCGUGAUCGUAUAAAUAACAGUUUAUCAGAGCUGAGGCGGCUUGUGCCAACUGCUUUUGAAAAACAAGGAUCUGCCAAAUUAGAAAAAGCGGAAAUACUGCAAAUGACAGUGGAUCAUCUGAAGAUGCUGCAGGCAACGGGAGGUAAAGGUUAUUUUGACGCUCAUUCCCUGGCCAUGGAUUUCAUGAGCAUCGGCUUCCGGGAGUGCUUGACAGAAGUCGCAAGGUACCUGACUUCAGUGGAAGGUCUUGACACGUCCGACCCCCUGCGUGUUAGACUCGUGUCUCACCUGAGAAAAAAAGAAGCCGCUGCCAUGACCUCCUCCAUGGCCCACCAUCACCACCCGUUGCACCCUCACCACUGGGCAGCCGCCUUUCACCACCUCCCGGCUGCUCUGCUGCAGCCCAACGGACUCCAUGCCGCCGACGCCACCCCAUGCAGACUCUCCUCGGACGUGCCCCACCACGGCUCUGCCCUGCUCACAGCCACCUUCGCCCAUGCUGACGCCGCCCUCAGAGUUCCCUCCGCCGGCAGCAUCGCUCCCUGUGUCCCUCCUCUCUCUACCUCCCUCUUGUCCCUGUCUGCUACCGUUCAUGCCGCAGCAGCAGCAGCUACAGCUGCUGCCCAGAGCUUCCCCCUCUCCUUCACCGGCGCCUUCCCCAUGCUUCCCCCCAGCGCGGCCACGGCCAGCCCUCAGCAGGCAGCCAGCGGGGGCAGCACCAAACCCUACCGACCCUGGGGGACUGAAGUUGGAGCCUUCUAA